UCUGCCGGUCUUGUUUGUUGCAGUGUGUCCGGCUCGUUGUGUUUCUUGGUGCGGUGUGGAGUAGGAAGACACCUCAGGCUCUUUACUAUGUCAUCUUGGGUGAAAGUAACCCGGGGUCAGCAACAGAAACCUGUUCUUAAUAAGAAGAAACCAAGUGGAAUUCCUCGUCUGUUAGACAUUAAUCCAUACAAGCCCAGUCAAAAACUCUCAUUUUCUGAGUUGUAUCCCCGAGAUGUGGAAGAUCAAAGCAGCUUUGAAGAACUCUUUGGGAAGAAACAUAUUUACUCGAGUGGGCCAGAAGAGUACUGUGAGAGAUACCAAUUUUCUCAAAACAGUACACCGUACGACUCUGAUGAUCGCAGAGAGAAGCUGUAUUUAAAGUUCUACCAGCAGAUACAAGAUGAGUACCAGAAAGAGAGGCCAUCAGACUGCACAAUUGUGGCUAUCAGCAAGGAGCAGAUGGAAUACGCCACUGCCAUAGGCCAUCGAUUGCAGGAUCAUGGCCUAAUGGUGGAGAUGAUUUACUUGACAUCAGAAACCGGUCUUACACGCGCCCUCCAGGAGGUUAAAAACGACGGCUCCCCGUUUUGCAUACUAGUUGAGCAGUCAAAUGUAGCCCUCACCUCUUGCACUGCAAUCAUGCUUCACGAGUCUAUCAAAAUACAUCGUAAUAUGCCAAUGGAGGAUGCCCUGGCUCUGGUAGUUAAGGCAUUCGGGAAAGUUUUUGGCGAGCGUGAACAACAGGAGCGUAAUGAAAUUUCACACAAAGCGGCUGAUCUGGCAGACGACUACCUGGAGAGGGAGCUCUAUGAAUCUUACACUGUCCCUCUGGACAUUAGGCACCUUCUCUUCCUCUUAAGUGAUGGCAAAUAUUUAUAUGCGGAAGAGCUGAAAGCAAUCAGUGACUACCUGAAGACCAGGAUAACUGAGCUGGAAGGAUUUGAAGAAGCAGACACUACUGAACAGGCUAAUCCUGCAUAUGAUAGUCACACCAACAGUAAAACACAUCUCUUGGAGAAGCCUCCUCCACUGCUUCCCACACCUGCCAGGAAUUCCUUUGGAGGACUCGCUAAGCCUUCCUUGCUGGGUGACAGGCCAUCAGCUAGUAUCAGUCUCCUUUCCAAUCAAGGUUUUAAAAAAGUCGAGCUCAAGGAGGAUCCAGCUAAUGCCAUUUAUAAAGCACUACCCUGCGUUUCAUCAGAUGCCCUGGCAAAGCCUCCACCACUUCUUCCUACACCUGUCAGGAACCCAUUAAUGGGAGUAGGGAAACAAUCUCUUCUAUCUGACAGAUCCUCAGCUGGGCUUCUUCCUACACCAGGACUAUCGGCUCCAAAAGGCAAACCUCCGCCACUUUUGGCAAUGCCAACAAAAAGACCUCCGCUCCUUGGCUUUCCACCAAUGUCUCCUGCAAAACGACCACUCCUUGGUGAAAAACCAGGUCUUCUUCCCACUCCUGCUAUUUCUGCAAAUACCAAUUCACACCUCUGGCCAGUGAAACCUAAACCUUUACUCCAGUAAAUACAGAAGAUCCAGUCCUGCCAGCGACUAUUGUAUGUCCAGUUGUACUUGUAAUUCAGUAUUAGAGCAGUGCAGCAGUAAUGUGUGAAAGUCCCUACAUUCCUAUAGGAGUAUUUUUUUUCCCCUAAUGAUGGUUACAUUUUUCCUGUCUGGACAGUGACAAAUUAUAAUUUUUUGUGCAGUGCAACCAUAUCUGGUAGCCAGCAAGUUAUCUUUGUUUUGUUUAUAUAACAUUUUGAUUAUUUUGUCUGUUUCUUCAGAGAGAAAAAAACUUUUACAU